AUGGAAGCAAGGGUAGAAGCCAUAGAAGAGACCUUACAUAGGCUAGUUCAACACCUUACCCAAAAUGAAAGAGGGAAUCAACAACGCCAGCCCCACCAUCCUCAUGAUGAUCAGGAAGACAGAAUGAUAAGGAUAGAUCUUAAGGAUUUUGAUGGGCAUUCUAAUAAUCCUGAAGAAUAUUUGGAGUGGGAAGCAAGCAUGGAUAGGUAUUUUGAAUACAGAGAGACCACACCUGACAAGCAAUACAAGAUAGCUAAGAUGAAACUCACUAAACUUGCUGCCAUGUGGCUAGAAGGGGCUCAGAGACAGAGGUUGAGGGAGCAUAGGGAAAGGAUUGAUACUUGGGAUAAACUCAAGAAGCAUUUAAAUAGAAAAUAUGUUCCUGUCAAUUUCAAGCACCAAUUAUACAUCAAAUGGAGUACUUUAAGCCAAAGAGGAAGGAGUGUGGCUGAAUAUAUACAGGAAUGGGAGAAAUUGGUAGUGAUGUGUGAAAUUGAGGAUGCAGAGGACUUAAAGUUAACCAAGUUUUUAUCAUGGUUGAGGGAGGAUGUCAGGGAUCAGCUUAUGACUAUGCCCACAUUGAAUCUACAAACAGCCUUCAACUUAGCCCUAAUGUAUAAACAAAAUUAUAACAAGAGAAGGAUGACAUGGAACAACUAUAACAAGUCCCCUAAGACCUACCCACCCAAACAAUUUAAGCCCAUAUCACCCAAGGCGCAGAGGAAAACAGAGCAGCCUACCAAUGUACCUGGCAGGAUACCUGUGCCCCUAAACAAGGUAGUGUGUUUUAAGUGUCAUGAUCAUGGACAUUAUAAGAAUGAUUGCCCUAAUAUUAGAGUCUUUACUGCCCAAGAAUGGAGGGAGAUUAGGGAGGACACCCAACCCAAAAUGAUGCUGGUGGUAAGAAAUGGCAGAGUGGAGGAAAAUUGGCCUCCAGUUGCUGAGAAUGAACUAGAUGGGUCUUCCAUAGUAGAUGAUUUUGGAAAGACAGUAAGGUAUGAGCAAAGCACUGAUGAAGAGGAAUUUGAGGAGGGACAGGAGAAGGUUUUACCUGAGGAUGGGUGCUACAAUUUGAUCAUUAGAAGGAACCUACACACCACAUAUGAAGAACAAGAAAGUAACCAAAGGGAAAACAUCUUUCAAACCACGUGUAAAAUAAAGGAUCAAGUUUGUGAGAUGAUAAUUGAUGGGGGAAGUGAAUCAAACUGUGCUAGCUUGGAUUUAGUGACAGAUUUGAACCUGAAAACCAGGCCACACACACAUCCAUACAAGCUCAAGUGGUUGGACAACAAUGCCACUGGUUCUGUGAACAAGAAAUGUCUAAUAGGGUUUGCUAUAGGGUCCUAUAAAGAUCAAGUGUUGUGUGAUGUUUUAGAAAUGACUGUCUGCCAUGUGCUCUUGGGAAGACCUUGGCAAUAUGACAAAAAGAGCAUGCAUAAUGGAUUUACCAACACCUAUACUAUUAGACAUGAAGGGAAGCUUAAAGAACUGAUUCCCCUGCCUCCCCACAAAGUCAUACCUCCUCCUGUGAGGAAACCUGUCCACUUGAUCAGAUGA